UUCGCUAUAUAAGCUGCGGAGCCUCACCAGUUCAGCACAAGCACAACUGAGUAGAUUUACAGACGCUCGUGUAAACUCAGAUUCAAAGAGCCAUGAAGGUCCUCGCUGUGCUCGUCCUUGCCGUUUUCACCGGCUGCAAUGCCAACCUCUUCUAUGCUGAUGCUCCCAAGCCCCAGCUAGAAGUAAUGACUGAUGCUUUCUGGGACUACGUUGGCAAAGCUACCCAGACAGCUGAUGACACCCUUCAGAUGAUCCGAAAGACCCAGUUUGGCCAGGAUAUCAGUGCCCGUCUCACAGAGAGUGCUGAAGCAGCCAGCCAGUAUGCAGCCACCCUGCAGGAACAGCUCCCCCCCGGAGCCCAGGACCUGAUCAACAAAGUCACCACAGAGGCUGAGGUUCUGAGAGAGCGCUUGAACACUGACCUGAACAACGCCCGGGAGAAGCUGGAGCCCUACACCGAGAACCUGAAGGCCCAGAUCCAGCAGAGAGUGGAGCAGCUGAAGCAGGAGCUGGCCCCCUACGCCGACAACUUGGACACUGAGACCCUGAGGACCACUGUCAUCCAGAAAAGCGAGGAACUGAAGGCUCAGCUGGAGCAGAGCGUGCAGGAGCUGCAGACCCAGCUGGGGCCCUACACUGACGACCUGAGGCAGCAGGUGGACCAGCGCCUGGAAGAGUUCAAGCAGAAAGUCACUCCCCUGACUGAAAGAGUCCAGGGUGAGCUGACACAGAGAGCCCAGCAGGUAAAGGAAAUGGCCGCCCCAUACGUGGAAAACCUGAGGGAGAGGCUGGACCCCUAUGCCCAGGACCUCCAGGCUCGUCUCACCUCGCUCUAUGAAUCCUACAUCAAAGCCAACUAAGUCAAACUCCACCUGACUCUGAACACCAAGAAACGGCAUCAAAUAAAACCUAUUUCUUCUCUCCAUGGUGCCAGAAACAUGGCAGUACAACAACUUUAAUUAAGUCCAUCUGUAGUUGUUAUUUCAUAUAUUUCCAUCUUCAAAAAAGUUGAUACAUAACAAAUGCGUCUGUUGUCUGUGACCACACUGUAUCUGCUCCCUAAUUUAUGAAAAUAAAAACAAAAGCAAAAUAA